AUGUUCGUUUUACAGUUCAUUCUUUCCAUCAACACAUUACGCGUUCUCAAAUUGCGCACUGAGCCUGAUUCACUGGUGGGGUUAUCGGAAGAUAAAAUACUGAACCUCGAGCUGAAGCCUACCACUAAGGACGAAUUAAACCGCAACGGUGUGAUCAUCAAGAAUAGAGUGGUGUACUUUUAUCGGUCACGCAGCUACUUCUCGAUGGGACUGGCUGCCGAGGACAUUACGGUAAAGGGUCAUAAGGCGGAUAUUAGUGUGGAUGAAAAGAUGGAGGCAGUUGCUGCCUUUAAACACACGAAAAUGGAGUUCGUUAGCAGGGAUAAGUCGGAUGGUGAAGGUAAGGGAACUACGAAGGAGAGUACGACAGGUAAUUCUACGAAUUUUUCUCCGUUUAACUUCUCGUUCGUGGGUAGUAAAGGUGAGCAUAAGGAGGUAAACAAAGAAAACACAGGUGCCAAAGCGGCUAACAGCGCGAGUUUCUUUGCGGGGAUGGGUAGUGGGCCGAAACAGGGAUCUAACAAACUUGCGAAUAUGUUCAAGAAGGGCCCGUACGAGGGAACGGACUCGUUCGGCAUGAAUGGCAAUAAGAAUAUCCUAAAUAAUGGCAGUCCCUCUAUCACAGAAAACCUGCUCAAUAAACAGCCGGCAUAUGUCUCUGGGCUUAAUAUGGCAGCCUAUUCAGGACAGGGAGACGGCAAUGUUGAAAACGGCGCUAUCACACGCAUGGCAGAUUUGUAUACGCGAGGUCCUGCAGGGCCCUUGUCUGAUCCUCGUCAAAAAAUGCCUAUGGGGCCGUUACCAGAUCCAUAUUCAGGGGAACAUGGCGGUCUACCACCCGAUCCAUACCAAAGAGGGCUGAUGGCACCAUCACCUGAUCCUUACCAAAGAGAGCUGAUGGCACCAUCACCCGAUCCAUACCAAAGAGAGCUGAAGGCACCAUCACCCGAUCCAUACCAACGAGACGUAUCGUUGCCUGAAAUCUACCAAAGAGAACAAAAAUCUCCAUUAAUCGAUUCACUCACGCGAAAGUCCCAAAACGCAUUGUCUGAUCCACUCACGAAUGCAUCCUCAAAUACAUCCGAUGCACCAACACGCCAAAAAAAGUCACGUCGCCGCCCUUACCAGGAACUUUACCACAUCGAAAGCGACUCAUCCAUGGAGAAAGACGAAACCAACCAAAUUCACCAAGCAUGCAUCCACGAAGUAUCUGAACGGCACUUUCAACUUAAAAACGACAAUCUCUGCGUCACGUAUUUCAAAGAGCAGUUCAUCUUCGCACCGUGCACCAAAUCGAAGAGCCAGCAUUUCAUGCUGAUUGAUGCCAAAAAGCUGAUUGAGAACGAGGAGAGCGAGAGCGAAGAGCAGCCACUCACAAAGCGGAGGAAAAUUGUGAUUGAAAAGGAAAAGAUCAAAGAAGUGGUGAAUAAGCAUCCUGCACCAGUGAUAAUUGAGAAGAUGGCGAAAGAGGAGCCGAAGGAGAAAAAAGCACCCGUUAUUGCCAAGGCGAAGGAGAGCGAUAAUUUUAUAGAGCAGCUUAAAUCAACAUUUGAUGAAAAGGCGAUCAAAGAGAUCAUCAAUAUGUAAGGAAGAACCUUCAUCCUAGGAUACGCCGUAAUACGGCUGUUCUGAUUACAUAGCACAGUUGUGUAUUCGCUGCGAUAGCUAGUGCUCUGCAUCGUUGCCAUGCAAUGGUUCUCGAUCAAAGAUUAACAUAGGUGAUCGGCACUGUGGUUGUACGGUGCACCUCAGCCAGCUCAGCGUAGUAAGUAUGCCUGGAAAUCAAUGGCCCACUUUAAAUUAUGAAUCGCACUAUUGAACAAGAUAAAUCUUAUGACAGAACCGGAAUGCUGCAUGUGACAUGGUUACCAUUUAUGCGCAAUCUCGCCACAUAUAAGCCUUUCGCAAUUAUUUCAAGAAAAAUAUUGUGGUUUGUUAGUUGAGGUAACAUUGGUUGGAGUAGCCCUAGAAAACGAACUAUCACACAGCGGACAGCUUACUAAUUUAUAGACUUUGAUCACAUUUCAAC